AUGUAUGGUUUGCAACGACAAAGUAACAAAAGUAAUGAUCAAAACUUUGAGUAUAAUGCUCUUGCAUUAUCUACACUAAACGGUAAUGAUCGAGAUUCGAGUCGUAAUACAAUCAUUUCUUCAAACAAUAUUUGCCCUAGAUCAACAAAUCUUAGAACUGCAGAUGAAUCGACGACUAAUCGAUCAACUGGUUCUGAUAGAAAAAUAUUUGGUGUUGGAUUAUUUGUUGGUAUAUUAGCUGCAGGAAUUGCAUUGACUACUGUUACUGUCCUUUGGAAACAUUCAGGAUCUGCUUCAACUACGUCUCCAACAACCGUGACUACGACGACUGCUUCAACUACUACAACGGUGACAACAACAACUACCGCACCUCUCAAAGCUUUUUGGGCUUUUGAUGGUACAUUACAAGAUUUGUACAAUAAUUUUAAUGGAAUUGGUCGCAAUGGAAUAACUUAUCUUUCACCUGGUUAUAAUGGUGCUGGUUCUUGUCUUUGGUUGAAUCGAUCGAUGAAUCAAUCAGUAGUGAUAAAUAAUCCACCAUUUCUCAACAUGUCCUAUACAUCGUUAACACUCGAAGUGUGGAUUUAUGCACAAACAUUAUGUAAUAGCAAUCCAUAUACUGAUAAUUCGAUAUUUGGUCAGCUGGAUCAAGGCACACAGGACAGAACACUACACUUUAUCAUUCGCAAUCAACGCAUAUAUCUUGGUUUCUUUCUUGACGAUGAUCCAGGAACUCAAAUAUUGAAUACUAAACAAUGGUAUCAUCUGGCUUACGUCUAUGAUUAUUCGAUUAACACACAGUAUGUCUAUGUCAACGGAUAUUUGGAUACAUCACGUAGUUCAUCAGGGCCAUAUCAAGGCAUGACAGGACCGGUGACUAUUGGCACUAUCGGCUUAAAUGCAUCGAAUGAUCAAUUUGAUGGAUGUCUCGAUUCAAUGGCUUAUUAUAAUUGGGCGAAAAAUGCAACAGAAAUUUUAAAUGAUGCCACCUUGGUUGUCUAUCUUUCUUUUAAUGGAGAUACGCUUCUUGAUUCCGGUCCUCUGAAAAUUAAUGGAACAGGAACGAAUUAUUCGUAUACAUCAGCAGGUCGGAUAAAUCAAAGCAUAUCACUUUCAGGUUCGUCAUCAUAUGUUCAAGUAACUGGAUUAACACGCUUAGGUAUAAAUGGUUGGCCCUAUUCAUUCGCUGUUUGGAUUAAACCUACAAGUCUUGCUGGUGGAACAAUUAUACAUUUAAGUAGUCGAACUGAUGGAGCGCAGAUUGGCGGAUGGUGUUUACCAAUGAUGGGUCUCACUUCAUCCGGACAAAUCGCCAUUGAUAGCUGGAAUAGUAGCAAUGUUCCACUUACCGGACCUCAGGCUCCACUUAAUAUAUGGACUCAUGUUGUGACAACCUAUUCACCGACCAGUGGUCUAAAAUUAUAUAUAAAUGGUACUUUAUGGAGCUCGGUUGGUGCGUAUACAUUUGCUGCUGGUUCUAUUCCAAUGACGAUCACGCUUGGUAAUUCAUUACUUGGAACAAGUACGUGCAACACAGCUACAAUUCAAAUGGGUCAAUUUUACGGAUCUAUUGAUGAAUUUUAUGUUUACGCAAGAGAACUUACUACAUCCGAGGUUACAUCACUUGCUAAUCCAUAA